AUGGCAGAUUCUAUACAAAUACCCCACCAUCGAAAGCGCAAGAGGCGGCGUCAAGACAAGUCCUCGAUUACUGCGAGAUUGGUUUUAGAUGACCAUGUGAAGGGAGACGUUGGGAUACUUUCCGAAGACCUGUUUGCGGAUUUAUUUCCCGCCCAGGCGUAUGCUCAAAAAGAUGACAGCCCCCCUCAAAACGACGAGGUUCACCAUGUUGCAAUCUCCCCUUGGGAGCCCUCCACCACUGUCGAAGACUCAACGUGGACGGUGGUUCCAAUCAGAUCCUCCAGUGCUCUUGCACAUUCGACAGUGCAAUUUUCUCCUUCAUCCCUCGCGCUCCAAGGAUUCGCAGCGGCUCUACAAAAAAUAGCCCCCUCCAAAUUAUCGAGCCAUAGUCGAAGUGGAAUUGAGAUCAGAAUUUUGGAUGUAAUACCCAUGCCUUUGGAUACUGUGUUUGUGACAAUAGAAAGGGAACUAGCAAGCCGGUUGGAGAAUGGAGAAGGGACUUUUCAUGGAGAACAUGCACGAACCAAUGGCAAACCGAUGGUCAAAACAAGUGCUACCUCCCCCGAAGAACUAUUGUCAUCUGCAAUUCGGGAAGCACUAGGGUCCUUAAAGGUUGUACACACUGGAGAUGAUUUCCCCUUACCACUACAACCUCAUCCCAUUACACACAUUCCUCCUCCGCCUGCCAAGGUUACUCUCUCCGAACCUGUCGGCCAAGGUAUCUUGUCACCACAGACCAAGAUUAUCAUCACUCAAUCUGGCCAUCUUCCGAAAACUGCACGAAAACCGCAGUCCCUAGCAGUGAACCGCCUUCAGAACGGGGGGUCAGACGACGAAGAUACAUCAAACGAUCAAUUCUAUUCUGCAGCCGAAGACCGGUAUAAAACUGAUACGGCUGUGGAGGACAACGAUUCUGCGACCGAUACUGAGGCAGACUUAUCAGAAGAGGAUAAUUUAUCGGAUGAUUCUAUGGACGAUAUGAUUUCGUUACAAGCCCCAAUGCUUCCAGCUCAUAAUGCUAGUGGAAUAUCAACUGUACAGCCAGGGUCGCCUCAGACCAUUGGCCACAGAACGAAUGGAAUUGCCACCCCCGGCUCCGUCUUUUCAUCAUUCACUGCAACCACAGCCCGCGCUGGUGGCCAAAAAGGACGACUUUUCAAAGCCCAAGGGUUGAUGAAGCCUUUAGCCGAAGAAAUACUACACCCCAAACCAAGUAAUGAGGACGACGAAGAAUCUCGAGUUUUCGUGGACGUUAGCUCACUAUCGAAGAUUGGCUGUUUCUCGGGGGAUUGGGUCCGAUUAGAAGUUGCUUCUGAGCCACCGGCAAAUGGAGCAGGCCUAUGGGGUCUCGGAAGCUUUGGCGCCGAACCAGAAGACCCGUUAUGGCGUCCCGUCAAGGUCUUUGGGUUACCAGAAGGCUACUCUCAUCGUCCAGUCACGAAGAUCCCAAGUAAUAAGCUAGGGGAACGAAGAAUGUCAUUCUUUGAAUCCCAAGUUCAGAAGCCCACUAACCCGAUAGUCUAUCUUUCGCCCGUCUUACUUGCAAAUAUGGAAAAUACACCUUAUUGCAGGCUUUCGGCUCUGAAGCGCGCCUCUCAACCGGCAAGAACUGCUCAACCCAAAAUCACUAGUUCAUCUCGGCCUCCUUUUGCGCAAGAACUCACAUUGUCGAAAAUUGCUACCCCACUAUCUACGGAUCGUAAUUUCCAGGACGCUCUCUUUGCAAAUCUAAAGGGGCAUUUUGCGAAUCGCAUACGUGUCGUUCGAAAGGGUGAUUUAGUGGCCAUUCCCAUCGAUGAGGACCUUGGACGAACCUUAUACGAACCCUCAGCUAGUGAUGAGAUACAAGAGUUGUUAUCUAAUUCAGCUUUAGGCACUAUAAACUCUGCCAGGCAAUCUAAGCUGUCCGGCGUUGGGUGGUUCAAGAUAGUAUACAUUGGAGUUAAUAAAGAUGAAAUUUCAGAUGAUGAGGAUAUCUGGGGAGGUGCUGCAUCUAUCGAUAGUCAGAUCACUAAAAUGAUGCAGUCUGGCAGUGCAACUGGACGAGUUCCUGGGACUAUGGACAGCACUUGGAAAUAUUAUUUGGGGUUGACUGCCGUCCCCAAGUCUGAAACAAGUACAACUUCCAUGCCGGAGGCACCGAGACACCAAGUCACUACUCUUCAGCGCCGCCUGAGAGAGCUGAUUGCUGCUGCUACGAGUCCUCGUGCCAUUCAUCUCCAGCAGCAGUCUCUUGCCAUUCUUCUGGUUUCCACACAGCGAAAUAUUGGGAAAGCAACAUUGGCGUCGAAAGCGUGCGCUGAUAUUGGUCUGCAUACGUACAAUAUUGAUGCUUAUGAUAUCAUGACGGAAGGUAGAGCGGGUAGUGAUACGAAUGCCAUUGCAUACUUGGAAACUCGUGCUGACAAAGCUAUGGCUUGUGGGCCUGAGUUUUGUUCUAUUUUGAUUCGUCAUAUUGAAGCUCUCACGGCUGAUCGAAUGAUCACCUCACUGAGUGGAAUCUUAUCGGGGCUUCGAGUACUGAUUGCCACCACUACUGAGGUUGACAAGAUCCCAGAUGGCGUUCGAGGUCUCUUUACGCAUGAGCUGGAAAUGAGUGCCCCUGACGAAUGGGAGCGCGAGGGCAUCCUCCGAGGCAUAAUCGAUGCUCAGCCAAUACCUCUUGCUCCAGAAGUAGACUUGAGCGGUGUUGCUGUCAAAACUGCUGCCCUCGUGGCCGGCGAUCUCGUUGAUGUUGUUGACCGUGCUGUUGUAGGAAGAAACUCGCGACUCGAAUCACUUGCCUCUGCGUCUUCCAAUGCUGAAACCCCUGUUACUGUGCGGGAUGUACUUGUAGCCGGUGGCCCUGCAGGCCGUUGUCUUACGAAAGCUGAUUUUGACCUUGCCGUCGAUGCCGCAAGGAAGAAUUUUGCUGAUGCAAUUGGAGCUCCCAAGAUUCCAAAUGUAGGCUGGGACGAUGUUGGAGGUCUCACAAACGUCAAGGAUGCCGUCAUCGAAACCAUUCAACUUCCGCUUGAGCGCCCAGAACUCUUCGCCAAGGGCAUGAAGAAGCGAUCCGGGAUUUUGUUCUACGGUCCACCCGGCACCGGCAAAACCCUUCUUGCGAAGGCUAUCGCUACCGAAUUUAGUCUAAACUUCUUCAGCGUCAAGGGACCAGAAUUGCUCAACAUGUACAUUGGUGAAUCAGAAGCCAACGUGCGAAGAGUAUUCCAGCGCGCUCGCGAUGCGAGGCCCUGUGUUGUGUUCUUUGAUGAACUUGAUUCAGUAGCACCAAAACGAGGAAAUCAAGGUGACAGCGGUGGUGUCAUGGACCGCAUCGUUUCCCAACUCCUAGCUGAGCUUGAUGGCAUGUCAGACGGUGAAGAUGGUGGAGGGGGUGUGUUUGUCAUCGGCGCCACGAAUCGACCUGAUCUGCUUGAUGCUGCAUUGUUGCGACCAGGUAGAUUCGACAAGAUGCUGUAUCUGGGCGUGAGCGACACGCACGAGAAACAGCUGACGAUUAUGGAAGCCUUGACACGGAAAUUCACACUCCAUCCCUCCCUAUCUCUACAGCGCGUCGCCUCCCGGCUCCCCUUCACAUAUACUGGCGCCGAUUUCUACGCCCUCUGCUCCGACGCCAUGCUCAAAGCCGUGACCCGUCAAGCCUCCCUCGUCGACACCAAAAUUGCCGCAAUCAAUAACACCUCCACCAAAAUCUCCACUGCAUACUUUUUCGACCAUUACGCGACGAAAGAGGAUACGGAUGUAGUGGUCACGGAAGAAGAUUUCAUGCUAGCGGAGAAAGAGCUGGUUCCCAGUGUUAGUUUUGGGGAGUUGGAGCAUUAUAAGAAGGUUAGGGGUAUGUUUGAAAAACCUGAUGAUGGCAAGGGGAAGGCGGAGGUGGAGGUAGAUGCGGAUGUGAGGGAUGCGAAUGGGAGGCCAAAGAGUAAGGGGAAAGCGAAAGUUGUUGAUCGGAAAGGGAAAGGGAGGGCGGUUGAUAGUGAUGAGGGGGGUAUUACUUCAAACGGGUCUAAGGGGAAGGGAAAAGGGAAGGCUGUUGAUAUGGGGUUUAGGGAUGGAGAGGAUGAUGAUGAGGGGUUGUAUUGA